AUGUUGUGCUACCUAUCUCGCGUAUGUCAUCCUAACCAUCUCCAUCAGCAAUAUGACUUUAGUUUAAGCACAGGCGACUCAUCUACCGGUCUAAGGGCUUGCAUCUACGAUGUUCGCGUCGAUGAGCUUGGCAUCGUGUACAUCGAGCCACCUACACCAGAGUCAACAUGGUCCUGCAAGGCUAUCCAACCAGUGCCGAGUGAAUUCGCUGCGAUCCCGCCACCACCGCCCGAGUCUACGACGCUUGCUCAGUUGGGGCAUAUUCAUCUGUUCGACCCCGACGCUGUUAAGCCACCGGAUCCUGAGCCACAGACCCUUAUUGCAUGGGCUACAUUGAUCCUGAACACUGCCUCUCCGUUGCACAAAAUCGCAUACACACGCUAUGCAAAGAAUGCGUUCGAUCGAGGUAUAUCGAUCGGUGGCGGGCAUUGGGAUGGAGCAACGUGGCAUGUACCUGCAAACGAGCAGCCGCCGGAACGUCCGCCGCGCUUGCGAGAUGAACAGCGGGUCGAACCUGGGCAGCAGAGCAAGCGCGGACGUGGCGGCUCCGAGCGCAGUCGCAUUGCACUUUUGCAUGCGCUUGCCAACAUUGAGCAAUGGGCCAUCGACUUGGCUUGGGAUAUUAUUGCUCGUGGACCGCGUCUCAGUGCUCGGUAUAUGCAGACAGAGACGAACCAGACGCCGGAGAUGCCACUGCCACGCGCUUUUUUCGCUGACUUUAGCCAAGUGGCUUUGGAUGAGGCGAAACAUUUCACUUUGCUGCAGCAGAGGCUGAUUGAGAUGGGCUCCUUCUUUGGAGCCCUGCCGGUGCAUCACGGACUGUGGGACUCGGCAAUCGAAACCGCUGAAGAUCUAUGUGCUCGACUGUCGAUAAUUCAUCUAGUGCAUGAGGCGCGAGGUCUUGACGUGAACCCACUGACAAUCCAAAAGUUCCGGGCGGCUGGCGAUGCUCUUUCUGUCGAGUCACUCACGACGAUCCAUCUUGACGAAAUUACCCAUGUAUCUGCAGGCCACCGGUGGCUCACAUAUUUAUGCCAUGUGCAUCCUGAGCACCCAUCACCCGUGGACGUAUUCCGCUCCUCAGUUCGCAAGCAUUUCGUUGGUCAGCUGAAGGGUCCCUUCAAUGUUGACGACCGCCAGCAGGCUGGCCUCACGCCUCAAUGGUACGAGGGGCUUUGUGGUGAAAAACAUGCUGAGCGCCAUGUCGAGUCAUAA